UCGAGCUAGUGGAUAUUUCGUCUCCGUGAGCCAGAGUAGUUUGACUUCCCCUUCGUCGUCCCUUGUCUUCUUGUCUCAUCCUUCCACUAUCAUCCAUACCAUCAUCGAGUCAAUCGCAUUUAACAAGUAUUUAACAAACUGUGGGCAUCAUCCCAUUCCGUCGACUUGCUGCCGCAGUUUGGACCACUACGACUACAUUACACAAGUAAUGUAGGAACGGCUAAUCGUGAAUCCGAACGAAUCAUAAUAAUAAUCAUAGUAAGAGCUGCAAAUCCGAAUUAUUCCAACCAAACAAACCCACUCCCUCGCACACAGUAUCGCUGUUAUCUCACCAAAUUCAAGCAUUCUUCGUCCGUACAUCGUUGUUGUUGUUGUUACUACACGGGCAGAAAACCCGUUAUUUUCAAACACACGAACCGACCAAGCGUUACGUAAGAAGAAGAAGAAGAAGAGCGAGUGAGAUAUCAUAAGAAAGAUUUCCCUGAAAAUCGAUUGACAUUUAUUCCGAGAUACCUCAACCCCAGUAGUCAAAUGUAGAUCUUUAUAAUUCAGACUAUUGUAAAACCAGGAGACGCAAUCAAUACUAAAAGGAUUGCGUGUCGUGUAGAAAGUGAUGGUGGUGAAGCAAAGUGAUCCCACCGGAAUAGGAUACUGCUACCUGUCCCUUUCACACAGUUUACACAAAUCCCCUUAAUCGCAUUGACUUGACUCGGUUAUUUCCACUCAUUCGGCUCAACAUCAUCAUCAUCGUCGUCGUCGUGGCCGUCGUCGUAGAAGAACCUGCCAAUCUCACUUUAUUCCCGAAAAUUAAAAUCCGUCAAGCUUUUCAUGGGAUUGAGACCUAAAACACGUGUCAGCACGGCACCAUCGUAUCUUUGAACCAUGAAUGGGUAAUCCUCCUCCUACUACUAUCCAGAAGAAGUAAGAAUAAUGAAUUGAGACCGCCUUAUGCUAUGGGUAGAAAUUUAUAUGAUAAUAUUGACAACGCUACGCUGAAGUCAUAAAGAAAUGCAGUAAAACCUAUUAAACUGACGACUAAGCCGAAGCUCAAGUUUGUCAAGCCGUCGUCAUCGGUCCACCAACUCGCAGUCACCAGCAGCAGGACACAACAGGAGCCAGAGAUUACGGUUGUGUGAGAGAUCCAACUUUUUGCGGAGAACGAAAUUGGCCCUCCAGAAUUCAGAAAAUGUAAUGGGCUGCAUCGGCAGUAAACUGGCUGUCGUCCGAAAUCGAGGUUUAUCAGGGAGCCGGCGGAGCAGUUUGAGACGUCAGAACGUAUUUCCGGUCCUCAAUGUGGACGACAUGGGUCGACAGAUCUCUCCCGGAAAGUUGGAAGUUACGGAAACCGACUUGGUGCUGCAUGUACGGGGAAAACCCUCCUUAACUUGGCCGUUACGAUGUCUCCGUCGGUACGGAUAUGAUAACGACUUGUUCUCAUUCGAAUCGGGUCGACGGUGUCCAACGGGCGCUGGGAUUUUCGCCUUCCGCUGUAACCGGGCACAAUCUUUAUUCAACCUUCUCCAGUCAAAAAUCCAAGGCAAUCCUGGCACCACUCCAAACACGGUACCUUCAACCCCCAUCACCCCCACAUGCAGCAACAAUCCCUCCACCCCCGUCAGCUCGACUUUUGUCUAUGUAAACCUCGCUGAAAAUAGCAGCAAUCGACAGACAUCGAACAAUGCCCCGGACGUGACGCAAGUCGCUCCCAAUAGCCAAGCUGUCCCUCCCAGCACAUCUUCUUCAUCCUGCAGCGCUAGUGGUGGUGGCGGCAGCGUUGCGCCUGGAACGUCUUCUUUCCCUUCGUCACAAUCUCAGAAAAUGCUAAACAACAAUUGUCAUCCUUUGUACAUGAAUGUAGAAGGGCUGCCAACGUCCUCUUCGUCGUCUCAGCAGCAUCACAAUGCCCCUGCGGCCAGAGCCUCGUCCAUCCCUUAUCAAAUCCCCACUCAGAACAAAUCGCAAUAUUCCGUGAUGAAUCAUGAGAGGAGGAUGUCAGGUCAAUUCGGUGCAAGUAACAGCAGCAGCAGUGGUAACACGAUCAACCCCACAAACAACGACUCAUCUCUUCUCUACACAAAUGUGGUGUGUUCUCCCAACCGGGAUAAAGUCCUGUCUGCUCAUUACGGCUCCUCUCCCUUCGAACCUGCUGAAAUCAACUAUGCCGAACUGGACCUCAAGACUGAUAACUGUUCUUCUUCUAGUACAAAUCCCCUCCACCACCAUCUCUCAUCUGGCAAAGGUCGCUUCUUCCUCGGUGGGAACAAGGAGAAUGGGAAACCCAUGGCGACUUUGAACGAUUCAAAGUUCAGACUCAAGUUAGGAAGUAGGUCCAGUCCCAUUCGUACCAUUGGUGACCCACUCCCCCUCCACCACCACCCAUCUUCCCUCCUACCCCAUCAGCGGAAUUUGAUAAGCGGUGGGCGUGGUGGUGGCGGCAUCGUACUCUGUGAUGGGGUUGGGGACAGUACUCCAGCCAACAAUGGGGAGCUAGGUUAUGCCACCAUCGACUUUGAUCGAACUGCAGCACUGAGCGUGGUCACGAGGUCUAAAAUCAAUUUAGAGUGUUACACAUCCGGUUAUGUGGAGGACCAUCCCACUCGAAAAACUAGGCACAAUUCGACUGCUCUCUAAGCUCUCAAGAA